AUCAUAAUCUUAUACUUCUUGAAGUUAAAGUUGCUUACUUUUCUUCAUUUCUUUUUCCCUUUUUCUUUCUCUCUCUAAAAAUGAACUCUGAAAAUGAAGAACAAGCUGCAACUACAGAGAAAACUACUACUGCUUCUGCUGCUGCUGUUUCUGCAAGUUCUGCAACAGUUGCAAGCAGAAACAAUGGAAGAUUAAAAACCCCUUCAAAUUUCAUAGGCAGACAUCGUUUACAAGCUGCAAUUUCUCAUCUUGAGCAGCAAAUCCAGUAUAUUCAGAGUGAAAUAGAUGACCUUGAUACAAUUGGUGGACCUUCGACAGUUUGCAAUGAGAUAAUAUCAGGAAUUGAAUCAGUUCCAGACCCUCUUCUUCCAAUGACAAAAGGGCCAGUGGAUGUAAACUGGGAAAGAUGGUUUGGAGGAGCAAGCAGUUCAAGAAGUCACAGGCGUUGGAUCUGAACAAGACAUUACAACAAACGACAAACAGAUGCAGUCUCCAUGUCACAAAUUACUGUACUCCGUAUUUUGUUUGACUAAUCAUCUCGUCGACAUGUUUGUUAUCUAACACCUAAUAGAAUAAUUAUAUUAAAUUACGAGUUUGGGCUCUAUCUUAUUUUGCAUGUUUAUCUUACAUUUGGGUGCGCGUAGAAAUAGAUAUCACACAUCCAAAUGUGUUAGGAGGUCUCAUGUACUUUAAGACCAAAUCUUUAGUUUUAAGGACAAUUGUGUUAAGGUGUUAGAUAUCAAACAUGUUAGUUGUUUAAAGUUAAUUUAUAUUUGACGGGUUGUCAUUUCUCGUUUUGUGGUGGCAA